AUGUCUAUACAAAUUAUAAAAUUUAAAUUAAGUUUUUAAUUUGGUUUGCUAUUGACUUGGACAAAAUUUUUUUAUAAAUUGGUUUUCUCUACAUUUUCUAGUCAUAAUAUUUUUAUUUAAUUUGAUUGGAAAAAAUUUAUCGUGGUGAAAGUUGAUGUCGAUGAAAUGUGUUUGUGUUGAUAAACGAUUAAAAUGGCCGCCGUUUCGUUUUGAGUACAACAAUAUUUUGGUGCUUACUAAUUCGGAAAACUUAAUUCAGUAAGGAAAUAUCUGUAAAAUUCAUUAAUAAAUGGACAAAAUUAUUAACAAACUUUUUUGUAAGUUUUGUGCGAUAAAAUAAAUAUUGUGAGUGAUACUAUGUUUACCCAAGUUCUAUAAUGCAUGUGUGUUAUUUUUUGAUGAUUAUGUUGUAAAUAUUUGUAAUGACUCAAGUUAGUGAUUACAUGAUAGCGCAAUAAUAAAAUAACGUUAACAUUUUAUAAAAUGAGUAAGAGGACUGGUCGGAAACCAAAGCGUACGUCAAAGCGACGUACUAGACGGCAUUCAUCUACUUCGGAAACUGAGUCGGUCGAUGAGGUACCAGUUAAGACCCGUGCUAGUAGCAAAGUUGAUGAGACUGAAAAAAAGGUCGCACUAACAAUUAAGCUUCCAAAGCCAGAUGAUUGUAAUGAUGAUAGUUCGACGGGUAUGUGGAAGGUAGAAUGCUCAAAUGGAUCGGAUGGAGAUAUCCAGAAGUUAAAAAUUAGUUUGAGGCGCUCCCCAAAAGAUUUGUUAAGAGAACAGGCAGCUGAAGCAAAAUAUGCAGCUGUAGCAGGAAAAAAAGAUAAAGAAGAGGCCGCAGGAAGCUCUUCUCUCAAUUCUUCUAUUUUAGAUGGCAGUGUUUCAAACUAUUUAGAACAGUUUGGAAGUACUGUUGCAAAUGAUGAAGACCAAACUGACGCCGAUUCCAAUGAUCAAGUGGAUGCUGUAAGUUCAUUGGUAGUGUCCUCAUUCAGUCAAGAGACUAUAAAUCAGCGUGACAAUAUACAUACAGAUAGUGGUGAUAUGAUACCAGAAGUUACACCUCAACAACAAGAAGAAGAUGUAGAAAAUACAAAUAUUGAUAUUAAUAAGCUCAUUGAUACAGCUGAAACUAAUGAAGUAGUUGAACAUAUUACAGAAGAAAUUAUGCAAGUUCAACCAAGCGAAACACCCAGUCUAUCUGAACAAUCAUCUUUAGUUACAACAUUACAGUCAAAUGUUUCAGAAUGUAUACUUCCAGAGCCUGUUGUUGAGGACAAACCGGUUGAAAGUAUUUCAUCACCAACUGUCGCAGAGGAAUCACAAGAACCGCCUGUCCAGAUUCAGGAAGUAGUACCGGGAACUACUGAGGGUGUAAUAAAUGAUUUAAAUACAUCUGUUUUGUCAGAUGAAACAGUUCAGAAAAGCGUUUCUGAUGAAGUUCAAGUAGAAGAAAUGAACACAACAGACCCUGUUAAUGAUUCUGAACAAAUGGAAGAUGUUGUGCAGCUGACAGUUGGAUCCCCCGACUUAGUUGAUGAAGAAGAAGCUAAAACAGUAGAAGAAACUUCUCAUGUACAAUCAUCAGACAUUCUUGUGGUUAAACAAGACGAUAUAAUUAGAGAUCCAAUGUUGGAAGACAAACAAACGUUAGCUGAAACACCAAAAUUAAUAACUACUCAUCCAAAGCGAAAAUGGGGUUCUUGUAAAACAAGAAUACCUAUAACGAUAAGUCCUUUUACAUUAGGAACAAUUAUAGAAUCUAAUGGUGAUUCUUUUGGCGAUAAUGGUGAGUAUCGUUCGGAAGAAGGAGAAAUACAAAAGACAGAUUCUGAAGAAGAACACAUAAACGAAGAGGCCAUGGAUAUUAAUGAUACUAUGUUAAUCGAUAUUGAAGCCGUUGACUAUGAAGCGCCUGAAGAAGAAGAAAAAGCAGAGCAUGAAGACAGCAAAUCUGAGAAAUCAAAUGAAGAAGAACUUGUUGACAAAGAACCCAAAAAGAAAACGCCUACAAAGCGUACAACAACGACAAAUGUAAUACAUAUAUCAAAUCUUGUUCGACCGUUUACAGUAGGUCAGUUGAGAGAUUUGUUACAGAGAACUGGAAAAAUUGUUCCCAACGGAUUUUGGAUUGACGCAAUAAAAUCUCAAUGUAUUGUAGAGUAUGAAAAUGAAGAUCAAGCUGUGGAAACAGUAUAUGCACUUAAUGAAUCCCAGUGGCCGUCGACUAAUCCUAAAUUUUUGAAAGUAGUUUUUACUAACAAAGAAGAAUUAAACAAAGCAUUAAAUGGAACGUAUUUAGAUCAGUCAGAUAGGCAAAAAGUGAAAAAAGUUGAAAAACUAAGAGUGCAGGUUGACAACCAUAAUAUAAUAUUACGGGAAUGGGACAGAGGUAAAUUGGAAGAUAUGAAUGGGGAGGAUGACACAUCAAAUAAAAGAAAAUUAACUGAUGAUAACAAUGAAAUUAAAGAAAAAAAAACAAGAAAAGAUGGCAAAGAUUCACCAGACAAACGUAAGAAAUCUAAAUCGAAGACCCCUGAGCGAGUUCCGACGAAGAGCUUAGAUGAGUUAUUCCGAAAAACCAAAACUACUCCAACCUUAUAUUGGUCUCCAUUGUCUGCUGAACAGAUUGCCGAGAAGGAAGACCAGCGUCGUAAACAUUUAGCAGAUAUAGAAAGAUCACAAAAGACCAAUCGCAGGAGACGAGAUAAUAAUCAUUAUCCUAGAAGACGUUAGUUUUUAUAUAUAUAAGAAGUAUUUUAUUUAUAAAAGUGGAAAACCUACAUUUUAUACAAAUUGGUGCCUUCGAGUUUUGUCACCACACCGAAAGGUUAACUCAUUUAACUCAUAGUAAAAACAACAAUUAUUGUAGGCUUAUUUUUCUUAUUGUUUUUUUUUUUAUUUAGGGACUACAAAUCCACACACUGUUUAUAUGAUAAUCUUAUUAUAAAUCGUCUUUGCGUUAAAUAAUUUUAUUUAUCAUAAUAAAGACUGUAUAGAAUGAAAUUACCUACUGUUAUUUUUGUAUUUAUGUGAUGUUACAAGUUCAUUUAGUUCUUUAUACUGUUUGCCCAAAGAGGCUGCACACGUUUACUGUGUUUAACAAUAACAUACAUAAUUUAUAUAUUAUUUGUUUGGGCUAACAUAUUUGUCAAUAGCAUUAUAUUUGUUAAUACCUAAGUACUGUACAAAUGAUUUAAAAGCUAUUAAAAUUUUUACUGAUCAUAUAAUAUAAGAA